AUGAGUCCAGAGAGGAUUCAAGGGAGCUGUGUUGCUAUUCGUGCGUUCAGUCCUUCAUCCUCUUUUUCUAAAUGCACUCAGUCUAAUUCUUUUUCGUCAGAUGAUGCAACCUGUGGUAAACCAGUGUGGAUGGGAAAAGGCCUCACUUGUGUUUGCUUCAAUCGAAAGGGAAGCUUUUCACGAAUUUGCAUCCAUUUGACACCCUUACAGGAAGAGAGACUCAGAAGGUUGAGACACCGGACAAAAGUAUACUUUGAUGCUUCCAGACCAGACCAUCAGGCAUCUUUAAGGGCACUAUGGUCUGCUGCAUACCCUGGUCAGGAGAUACAAAGUUUGAUAUCUGAUAAAUGGAAAGAAAUGGGAUGGCAAGGAAGAGAUCCAUCGACGGACUUCAGAGGAGCUGGGUUCAUUUCUUUGGAGAAUUUACUGUUUUUUGCCAAGACAUUCUCUACAUCCUUUCAAAUUCUAUUGAAGAAGCAAGCAGGAAAAAGAGCUGUUUGGGAAUAUCCAUUUGCUGUCGCCGGUGUAAAUAUCACAUUCAUGAUCAUGCAAAUGCUUGAUCUAGAUGCCACAAAACCCAGAAAAUUUGUUAGGGCUGUUUUUCUACAGAUGUUGUCCGAGAACGAGUGGGCCUUUGACCUGCUAUAUUGUGUGGCUUUCAUGAUAAUGGAUAAACUAUGGCUGGAGAAGAAUGCAACUUACAUGGAGUUCAAUGAGAUUAUGAAAUUGGCAAGAUCUCAGCUGGAGAAAGAACUUCUGAUGGAAGAUGUAUUGCGAAUCGAGGACAUGCCUUCCUAUACCCUUCUUUGUUAA